AUACUCUAAGCCCAAAACCACAUCUCUGACAUCUAUCCAGUCCACACCAUGAAGCUUCUUCUGAUCUGUGCUCUGCUGGUGGCAGUUGCUGCAUUUGAGGAUGAUGAUGAUAAGAUUGUUGGAGGUUACAUCUGCACCAAGAACUCUCUCCCAUACAUUGUAUCCCUGAAUAUCGGUUACCAUUAUUGUGGAGGUUCCCUGAUUACCAGCCAGUGGGUGCUCUCUGCUGCUCAUUGCUACAAACCGAGCUUUCAGGUCAUUCUGGGAGAGCACAACAUCGCUGUGAGUGAGGGCACUGAGCAGGUUAUUAGCUCUGUCAAGGUCAUCAAACAUCCCAGCUACCAGUCCAGCAAGACAGACAAUGACAUCAUGCUGAUCAAGCUUGCCUCUCCUGCCAUCCUUAACUCCUACGUGAAUACUGUGUCUCUGCCCUCUGGCUGUGCCCCCGCUGGUACCAGCUGUCUGAUCGCCGGAUGGGGAAACACACUGAGUAGUGGCACCAAUUACCCAGAUAUCCUGCAGUGUCUCAAUGCCCCAAUUCUGACCGAUACACAGUGCAGGAAGUCCUACCCUGGGAAAAUCACUGGUAACAUGUUCUGUGCUGGUUUCAUUGAAGGAGGCAAGGAUUCCUGCCAGGGUGACUCUGGUGGUCCCGUGACCUGUAACGGUCAGCUCCAGGGUGUGGUCUCCUGGGGAAUUGGCUGUGCUCUGAGGAAUUACCCCGGAGUAUACACCAAGGUCUGCAACUACAUCGACUGGAUCCAGAACACCAUCGCUUCAAACUAAAACUUAUCAAGAAUUGCCUCUUUAUUUUUCCAUUAUUACUUCAUUGUUUAAUUGUUAAAUGAAAUUUUAAUAAACUCUAGUUUUAUAAUUAACAA